CGUAGUUUACCCUAUGAUUUAAAUAAACUUUUAAAAAGAACCACAGAAUUAACAGUUAAUGGGGGUUUCCCACAGGUUUUAAAGUGUAGAAAUAUGUGCAUAGUUUUCUAAAGUAGAAUACUGGAUUUUUCUCAAGGAUUGUAAUGGUGACCUAGACUGGACGGAAGGAAAACUAUGUUGAAUGGAGGAAUAUAAAGAUUUUUUUUAAAAGUAAUGAAAGCAAGAAAGGGACUGUGCCUUUCAGAUCCUGUUAGUUCCUAAGCUGUGUGUCUUUAACUAGUAAAAGUGACAAGAAGUGGCAGUGAAUGACAGCACAUAAUUUGUGAUUGCAGAGACGAUUUUGAGCAUCCAUAAUAUAGUUUGCAGCACUGGAUAGAGGAGAGGGUGUGGAGUUAAUAAGCAGGUCUGAAUUUAAAAGUCGGUUAUGUGAUCUUGAAUCCAUUUAUUUCCCCAUAAUUCAUUUUCUAAUCCACAAAAUGAGGAUAACAAAUAUUUACAGAAGAGGAUUAGGAGAGUAUAGGAAAGUACCUGGUGAAUAUUCAAUAAAUGAUAGCUCUUCAAUAAAAACUUAACCCUUAUUAAGAUCCUACUGUAUGCCUGCCAUUCUGAUUCUGUGGUUUUUAAUCUUUGUCAGGCUUUGCAGAGAGGUAAAUUCUACUUUAAAAAAAGUGAUCAAGGAGCAACUCAAAGUAUUUCUCUUUCCUAGUUAUUAGUAAAUGUCCUUUGGAGAGGCAACCCAUCUUUACGCUUUAGUGCAAUCAGUUCCUUACUCAAAAGUUACUGGGUUUUCUUGGAAGUGGAAGAAGGGGGUUUUUUCUAUUCAGUGAUCUUGUUAAGAGGCAAUCCUCACUUUUCAACCUCUCGCCACCAUAAAACGCCAAGUGAUUUACAGAUUUUCUUUAAAUCCUGUUGGUCCUAGUAAAUCAGAUGUUCCCCACUUCCGUCCAGUACCCUCAGCUCUCAGCUAGACGUUAGCAGUGAGGGUCAGGCCUAAGCUUUGCGACCCAACCCCCAACCUAAGUAUUUCACAGGCUCCUGAGCUGCGUGAAGCGGAGACUGCCAAUUUUGGCUUCUGGGAUUCCCAGGACAUCAGGGCAAGCAACUGAGAGGUCCACGCAGGGGUAAAUUCCACAGAUGGUUUCUUCUGUCUCUGGGGAAGUCGGUCGGUGCAGACACGGCGACUAAGCGCGGCAAACAGCUGGGCAGAUUGCUCGGAGCCCAGACCCGUCGAGACCGGUCGUUCUUAGAAACCGGGUCUGGAACUAGCAAGUCCAGCAGGUGUGCAGCGCUGGAGUGCGGAUAAGGCGAAAGCACAUUUGAGAACUUCGAGGGCAAGUGUGCACUUCUGAGGAUUCCUUUUACUUCUAGUUAAGGUUUGAAACUGGAUUUAGCCCAAGGGGAGAGAAGGUAAACAGUGGCAACUUCACGCAUCUGGGAAAAACAACAACAACAACAACACAUAGUCCCCAGAGUCUGCACAAACAGGUUCAGUACUGAAAUAAAAGACCCGCCGCCGCCGCCGCCGCCUCCGAGCGCUUCCCCCGGCGGGUUUACUCCGGACGCGCCUCGCGACGACUACGCCUGCGCCUGCGCCCCGGGGGCCUGAGACCCCCCGCGACCCCGCCUACCCCGUGGGGACGUAAGACGUGCGCCGAGGGGCGGGCUGCGCGCUGCGCAUGCGCUCUGCUGGCGGCUGCCGCCUGGUCCGCGCUGGCGGCUGGAGCCUCGGAGAAGCCGGCUGCUCUGUCUCUCGCGGGGUCCCGCGCGGCGCGCGCGGAGACUAGGAAAAGGGCCACCGUAAGUGUUCCCGUCGGCCGCUUGAGUCAGAACUAGAGUAUUUCCUUCCCGCCGGGCUAGUGCCUGCGGGAACGCGGGCCCCGCCCCCUUCCCGGCCUAGACCCGCUUUCCCCUCCCUGCCGGUCUCCCACUGGGGACCCCCUCGUGUCCUCUCGUUCUGCCUGUGAACACCGUCCCCCUUCCCCCCCCCCCGCCGGCGUCAUGAAGCUCGUGAGGAAGGACAUUGAGAAAGACAAUGCGGGCCAGGUGACCCUCGUCCCCGAGGAACCUGAGGAUAUGUGGCACACCUACAAUCUAGUGCAGGUGGGCGACAGCUUGCGUGCCUCCACCAUCCGCAAGGUGCAGACCGAGUCCUCCACGGGCAGCGUAGGAAGCAACCGGGUGCGCACUACGCUCACUCUCUGCGUGGAGGCCAUCGAUUUUGACUCUCAAGCCUGCCAGCUGCGGGUUAAGGGGACCAACAUCCAAGAAAAUGAGUAUGUCAAGAUGGGGGCUUACCACACCAUCGAGCUGGAGCCCAACCGCCAGUUCACCCUGGCCAAGAAACAGUGGGACAGUGUGGUUCUGGAGCGCAUUGAGCAGGCCUGUGACCCGGCCUGGAGUGCAGAUGUGGCGGCUGUGGUCAUGCAGGAAGGCCUCGCCCAUAUCUGCUUAGUCACUCCCAGCAUGACCCUCACUCGGGCCAAGGUGGAGGUGAACAUCCCUAGAAAACGGAAAGGCAACUGUUCGCAGCAUGACCGGGCCCUGGAGCGAUUCUAUGAACAGGUGGUCCAGGCUAUCCAGCGCCACAUAAACUUCGAUGUAGUGAAGUGCAUCCUGGUGGCCAGCCCAGGAUUUGUGAGGGAGCAGUUCUGCGACUACAUGUUUCAACAAGCAGUGAAGACCGACAACAAACUGCUCCUGGAAAACCGGUCCAAGUUCCUUCAGGUACAUGCCUCCUCUGGACACAAGUACUCCCUGAAAGAGGCCCUCUGUGACCCUUCUGUAGCUAGCCGACUUUCAGACACUAAAGCUGCUGGGGAAGUAAAAGCCUUGGAUGACUUCUAUAAAAUGUUACAACAUGAACCUGACCGAGCUUUUUAUGGACUCAAGCAGGUGGAGAAAGCCAAUGAGGCUAUGGCAAUUGAUACAUUGCUCAUCAGCGAUGAGCUUUUCAGGCACCAGGAUGUCGCUACCCGCAGCCGGUAUGUGAAGCUGGUGGACAGUGUGAAAGAGAAUGCAGGCACGGUUAGGAUAUUCUCUAGUCUUCAUGUAUCAGGAGAACAGCUCAGUCAGUUGACUGGAGUAGCUGCCAUUCUCCGCUUCCCUGUCCCUGAACUCUCUGAUCAAGAGGAUGAUUCUAGUUCUGAAGAAGAUUAAUGAUUGGACCUUAUAAUUGAGACAAGCUGUGUCUCUGUUGUUACAUUUUCUUAGCAUCCUGACAAAAAGCUGCAAGGCACUUUGUGGUUCUUACAGUGAUUUCUCAUGUAUUUGGUCACACUAGGUAUCAUGUGAUUGGCAGGAUAUGUGUUAAAACUAAACAAUAAAUUAAAAUGAAAUAAUCUCCA